UUCUCACGCGCAGUCAAUGGAGUCGCUGCGUGUUUCUGGAAUUACUGACAUUUAUGAAUAUUCAUUAAUAGAUCGGUUUAUAAUAAUCAAUCUCAAUGGUUUAUAGUCAGAUUUCAGCCGUUGUUUAAUAACAGUAAGACGCUCGUACGCGUGUUUAGCACGGCGUUAAGAUUCCCUGCGGCCUGACGAUUUAAUCUCUAUUAUUAAAAUAUUGCCAUAAUUUAGUUUUCAGUCAUUAAUUAAGUGCGUGGACUCAUGUAAAUAUGGCAGAAGAGGGAGCGGUUGUGAUGCAGCAGAUUGUGGACAGGAGUUGUUGGGUGUGUUUUGCCACAGAUGAGGAUGACCGUACGGCGGAGUGGGUGCGUCCGUGCCGCUGCCGUGGUUCGACUAAAUGGGUUCAUCAGUCGUGUCUUCAGCGCUGGGUUGAUGAGAAACAGAGGGGCAACAGCACCGCACGUGUUGCCUGCCCACAAUGCAAUGCUGAAUACCUUAUCGUGUUCCCUAAGCUUGGGCCGGUGGUGUAUGUGCUGGAUCUGGCAGACAGGUUGAUCUCGAAGGCUUGUCCGUUUGCUGCUGCUGGUAUCAUGGUGGGAUCCAUUUACUGGACGGCCGUCACAUACGGGGCCGUGACAGUCAUGCAGGUUGUGGGUCAUAAGGAAGGUCUGGAUGUGAUGGAACGAGCCGAUCCUCUCUUCUUGUUGAUUGGUCUGCCAACCAUCCCAGUUAUGCUAAUUCUAGGGAAGAUGAUUCGCUGGGAGGAUUAUGUGCUCCGCCUCUGGAGGAAAUACUCCAAUAAGCUUCAAAUCCUCAACAGCAUCUUCCCAGGUAUCGGCUGCCCAGUGCCGAGGAUCCCGGCGGAGGCCAGUCCGCUGGCCGAUCACGUGUCUGCCACACGCAUUCUGUGCGGCGCCCUCGUCUUCCCCACCAUCGCCACCAUCGUGGGUAAACUGAUGUUCAGCAGCGUCAACUCAAAUCUUCAGAGGACCAUUCUGGGUGGCAUUGCGUUCGUGGCUAUUAAAGGGGCGUUUAAGGUUUAUUUCAAGCAGCAGCAGUAUCUCCGACAAGCUCAUCGCAAGAUCCUCAAUUUCCCUGAGAUGGACGAGGCCUGAGCUCAUCAUCAAACCUCUGCUCGAUUCCAUCCACGUCAUUCUGAUUUCACGCAGCUUUGAGAGACACUACCGCGCCACACUACCAGACUUUUCACAGACGCUGGAUUUGGUUUUCUCUUCCUUGUGAAUGUGACUAUAGCGUUUGGAGUUUGAACAGCGAUUCAGCUUUGUUUCAGUUGAUAUAAUCAGACCUGAGAGUUGUGCGUUACUUAUUUUAUGAGCUUUGACAUUUUAAGAAAGAGACUGAGGAAAAUAAAUAUUGAAAGAAGGUUUUAUAUUAAUAAGUGGUUGUUUUAUAUUGAAUUAGAAAUGGUGAAUCAUCUUUAAAGAAGACGUGCCGUUUCACAUGAAGCACUUUUGUCCUUUUUGUCCCACAAUUAGACUAGCGAAUGCAAUGUUAAAUACUAAAGGCAAACGUCCAAAGCAGUUAUUUUCUCGUUAUAAUCUUAUAAAAUAAUCUUUUUUUUUUUUUUGUGGUUGUUCUUCUCGGAUGAAUUUCACGAAGUUUCCUGUUAUAUUUCACACCAAAAUCAAAAGAAAUAAAUUGUUUUGCAUAUUAAAAAAAAAAGCAAGAUUGACUCUGGACAGUUAUUUUUGUUUCAAUUUGAAUUCAGUUUAGUACAUAUCAUAUAUACUAUUAAAAUGAUACUUUACAAAUAUCUCUAAUUGAAAAUUUGUUUUGUCUGAAAUUCUUUUAUUUUUAGCGUUUAAUUAUGGAAAUAAUUUCACAAAUCAAAAAAAGUCACAUUGCUUUUUUUAAUGCAAUAUUUGAUAUUUUUUAAAUGUCAAUUUUGGGAUGAAAUAUGACAAAUUAUGUGAAGGCAGGUAAGAUGGUGAAUUUCACAGAAGCUAAGCAAUCAGCCGAUUUGUUUAAUUUUCAUCUCUGUGCUGUUGAUAUCUGAGUUUCAGGGAGUCUCUUUUAUAGAUUCUGUCUGUUAAGGAAUCCAGUGUUUGGUCCUUAAUCGAUCACUUUAUUAAAACAUCAUGGUACUUGAUGACUCAUAACUGCUGUUAAUAAACCUGUUUCAUUAUAUAUUCCCAGUCUUGUGUAGAACAGUGAACUUGAGAGUAUUAGUGGCCUUUUUAUUACACCCGGACAAUAUAUGUCUUAAAGGUUACAUCGUUCAGACGGGCAGGUUUAUUUGGUGAACAUGCCAAUUUUAGUAUUUUCCUGAAUCAUUGUGUUUGAUGACUUCUAAUUAAUGUAGUGCUUCUGUUUUAUCUCUAGCCAUCAGCAACUGUGAAGUUUCCGACCAUAGCAUAUAUGAAGUUGGGAGAAAACAGUAUAUAAAUACAAUGCAUAGUACUGUUUUGUAAUGGUAGUACACUACAGUGGGCAGUGAGAGGCAGGUGUUUUAUUUUAAAGAGCUUGUGCAAUUAAUUAAACUCCACACCUAAUUAGCUAUUGGAGUACUAUUUGUCCAUAUAGAGCUUAAGUACAUCAUUACAGCUUCUUGAUGAUAGGCGUAACCCUGAAAGAACAUACUUUAUGGUGACAUAGUUGCUAAGAAAUAGUGUUUAUGUAGUACACCAACUGCAAGACUAGAAGUAGCAGAUGAGUUUUUCUGUUGCCUGAAUAUGAUUUUAAAUUCUGACUUUCUUUUCAGCAUCUAAUUGUGCUGUAUAUCAGUGAGGCAUGUAUGUCUCCUGUUGUACAGAUGAAGAAUAAUGCCAAAUACAGAACAUGUAUGUUGUACAAAUGGAUGCGUUGUACAGAUAUGGCUUCUGAAUUUAUAGUUUCCUGGUUGAUUUAUGUAAAUAAAUGUAUUUUUCCAAUGCC